CCAUCUGUGCAACGGUUGAGAAACGUUGUCGUUUUGACGGCUUUGCCUUUAUCCAUACACGUGUGUUCGCGUGUUGCACGGACCGUUCGAUUUUUGGCGGACAACUAGCAUCUAGAGAUCCGACAAUGCCAUCCGACGCGAAGAAGAAGCAGCAGCAGAAAAAGAAGGAGGCUGCUAAGGCCAGACAGUCUGGGAAGAAACCAGCUCAGCCUAAUCAGACAAAAACAGAGGAUGGCAAGGAGGGCAGCCCUCCUGGCUCAGGGGUCACUCAAAAUGGUACCAAUGGAACCCCUAUCAGUGCUGAAGAGGCUUUGUGUCUGAAAUUGGAGGCAGAUGCCAGACUCAAUGCAGAAGCACGUUCAUGUACAGGCUCAUUGGCUUCGCAUCCACGUAGCCGUGACAUAAAGAUAUCUAACUUUUCUAUAACUUUUCAUGGCUGUGAACUGUUGCAAGAUACUAUGCUAGAGUUGAAUUGCGGUAGACGAUAUGGUCUACUUGGUCUGAAUGGGUCUGGAAAGUCUACUUUAUUAGCUGUACUUGGAAACAGAGAAGUUCCUAUUCCUGAUCAGAUUGAUAUCUUUCACUUGACAAGAGAGAUGCCUGCCAGCAAUAAAACUGCUUUAGAGUGUGUAAUGGAGGUGGAUGAGGAGCGUGUUCGGUUAGAGAAACUUGCUGAAGAGUUAGUAGAGUGUGAGGAAGAAGAUGCCCAGGAGCAGCUGAUGGAUGUUUAUGAGAGAUUAGAGGAUAUGGCUGCUGAUACAGCAGAAGCUCGUGCUGCUCACAUUUUACAUGGUUUGGGUUUCACAGCUAAGAUGCAACAAACACCUACCAAAGAUUUCUCUGGAGGUUGGCGAAUGAGAAUUGCUCUUGCCAGAGCAUUGUAUGUGAAGCCUCAUUUAUUGUUACUUGACGAGCCUACUAAUCACUUGGAUUUGGAUGCUUGUGUAUGGUUGGAAGAAGAGUUGAAAACAUAUAAAAGAAUUCUUGUCAUCAUAUCUCAUUCACAAGAUUUCCUCAAUGGCAUUUGUACAAAUAUCAUUCACGUUAAUAAGAAACAAUUAAAGUAUUAUACUGGAAACUAUGAAGCGUUUGUGAAGACGAGGAUGGAGUUACUAGAGAAUCAAGCCAAACAGUAUAAUUGGGAGCAGGAUCAAAUUGCGCACAUGAAGAAUUAUAUUGCCCGGUUUGGUCACGGCUCUGCCAAGCUGGCUAGACAAGCACAAUCUAAAGAAAAGACUUUGGCAAAAAUGGUAGCACAAGGCCUCACAGAAAAAGUUGUCAACGACAAAGUAUUAAAUUUCUACUUCCCCUCCUGUGGAACUAUCCCACCCCCAGUUAUAAUGGUUCAAAACGUUAGCUUUCGAUACAACGAGGACUCGCCUUGGAUUUACAAAAACUUAGAAUUUGGUAUCGACUUAGACACCAGAAUAGCGUUGGUCGGUCCAAACGGUGCUGGAAAGAGUACUCUCCUGAAACUCUUAUACGGAGAUUUGGUCCCAUCAAGUGGCAUGAUCCGUAAGAACAGUCACCUUCGAAUAGCCAGAUAUCAUCAGCAUUUGCAUGAACUACUGGAUUUGGAUAUAUCACCUCUCGAUUACAUGAUGAAGGCUUUCCCAGAUGUCAAGGAACGCGAAGAAAUGAGGAAAAUCAUAGGUCGUUAUGGAUUAACCGGUCGCCAGCAGGUGUGUCCCAUACGGCAGUUGUCUGACGGGCAACGUUGUAGAGUUGUGUUCGCGUGGCUAGCUUGGCAAGUACCUCAUUUACUACUUCUCGACGAACCUACAAAUCACUUGGACAUGGAAACGAUUGAUGCACUGGCUGAUGCGAUUAACGACUUCGACGGUGGAAUGGUGCUUGUGUCUCACGAUUUCAGAUUGAUUAAUCAGGUAGCAGAGGAAAUCUGGGUUUGUGAAAAUGGUACCAUCACAAAGUGGAGUGGGAAUAUUUUAGAUUAUAAGGAACACCUUAAAUCUAAAGUUCUAAGUGAUAACAGCAAGAGGCAAAAGGAGCUGCACAGAAGCAAAUAAUGUACACAACCUCCCGUUCUUUUUCCAGUAUACUUUCCCUCUACCAUAGGAACUUUCCCCUCACUCCUCUUUUUUGGACAUUUCUUUGUGUCUGGCACUGACACCGCGCUGCUGUGUAGCGUUAUCAGUGUUCGCGAAUUAUUAGUUAAUUUAUUUAAAUGAUAAAGCGAAUUACUCUGUGACAACCUGCAAGAUUAAUCCAUAGCACAUUUGCUAUGCAAAUAAUCUAGGGAAUCCGAUAUCAAUAAUGUAUUGCGAGAAAUAUAAAUUGAAUAUAUAUAUAUAUAUACAAUUGGAUAUAUAUAUACAUAUAUAUAUAUAUGUAUAUAUAUAUAGAUUACUACAGAAUAUUACGAUAAUAAAAUACGUUUAAAUAUUAUUGAAACUCUUCGAAUACUCCACUUUUAUUUUUCUUACGGUUCAGCUUUAUUAUAAAGUUCUACUUAUCUAUAAAUUAAUUUGAUCUUUAUAGUCGUACAAAAUAUAUGUGUACAAACACUUAUAAAUACUUAAUACAAUUGACAAUGACAUAGUCCUCGAGAUAGAAUUUUUGUUUAUCUCAGGUAUACAUAAAUACUCUGAUAUAGCAUAACAAUGGAAGACUAAAAUUCUCUGCGUAUAUCCAUAUCACAAAACAUUACCUCUGGUGUUCUUUCAUUGUAAAAAUGUUUAAAUAUAUAUAUAUGUAUAUCUCACAAUAUUUUUUAAUACGUCGUGAAAGUAAUGUAUGCAUUUUUAUAAUAAUUAUAAGUAGAUGAAAUGUAAAGCACUAAAUAAUAUUGUCGGUAGAGAACUCGAACGUGCACUGUUAGGUUUUGAACCUUGACAUAAUAAAAGACAAGUAUAGAAAAUA